AUGUCAAUGCGGUCCCAUUAUGACCCUAUUCAUGAUACCAAUGGCGAGCAGCCUCGGCCUCAGCAGACCAGGGUGAACAUUUCUAGUCUUUUAGCGGAGAAUAAUCCAUCGUUGGAACCCCUGGAGCCCGUGGAAAUAUAUAACCACGAGAGCGACCUGACAAUCGAUACCGAUGAAGAACAGAUGAAUGACCAAGCUGAUGUGUCGACAAUGAGCCAACAACACACAUUUAUCACCGAGAAUCCAGGUCCAUCCAACAAUAAUUCUUCUGAUGAUAAUAAUUCGAAACAACAACAACAACAACAACAACAACAACAACAACAACAACAACAAGCACCACCACCACCACCAGCAGGAACUUUCUCGUCGACCACCCUGACCCCUACAAAACUCCCAUCGGUGAAGAUCCCUAUCGAUGGGAUGAUCAAUGCCCCAAAAUUACCAAGCCCAUUAAAGAAAUCAAUGAAUGCCGAUCCUUUUGCAUCGCCAAUUGCUACAGGUGGUGGCAAUAGUGAUAUCAAUCAUCAUCAUAAUAAUAAUAUUAAUAUUAAUAUUAAUACCGUUGCUGGUGAUUCUUCUACCAUCACCGAUGCCAAUGGAUCAUUUGUUAAUUCUUUCCAGAAUACUGGGGCUAAUAAACGGACGAACCAAACAUUGCUUAUCAGUGCCAAGCUGUUCCAUAUUAAAAAAAAGGAUGGUCAACCUUUAUGGCGUGAGGAUAUCCAAUACGAUUUCCUAAGUGAAGUCUUUCAUAACGAUGUGGUGGCAUUCACCAGCCCAGUCCUUCUGGUGGGGUUCAGAAAGUCAAUUUUGCCGAUUUGUACAUCAGUACCAUGGCUUAUUCUAAUAAGACCUCCAAAGUUUUAA